AUGCCAAAACUCCGGCGAAGCGGAGGGGGCCGUCGUGUGGCGCUCAGCCUGCCGCCCCUGGCCCCAGCCGCCUUACAGAGGCCUCCGCCCCCCCCCCAGCCGCAGGAGGUGCGGGGCCGGCACCUCCCCUACCGGCACCGCGCUCGCUGCGGGCAGCCCGGGAGGACUCGGGGGGUGACCUGCGGGGACGUUUCCUUCCAGGUCAGGCUCUGCCGAGUUAGGACCGGUGUCCCCGCAGCGCCGUCCUCGGGGAGAUGCCUACGGAAUGAGCUCUGGGCAAGGACGCGGGAAGAAGCAGCUGCUCGCCCUGCCUGUUUCUUUGGUACCUGGGUGCGUUUACAGCCGCUGAAGCGGCAAAUCGGUGGUGUUGGUGCUCGUCUGGAGACACAGCGGGUGCCACCUGCGUGUCUGUGCACUUCGGCUCCUGCUGCUGCGGUCCAACCAGCGGCUGUAGCUGAGGAAGCAGAAGAGUUCAAAGUGGUCUACAGGUUUCCGGGGAUUAAGUACUGCAGAGUGCUGUCCAGGCUGAAGCUGCUGCAGACUGCGACAACCCUGGCUGUGCUGCCUCCCGUCUGCUACCUCUAUCUGCAAGGCCAGGUUUCUCAGACUGUCCUCCUGUAUACAACUGGCAUUGCUUUCUUUGCUGGUGUGAUGUUGUACGGUAUGAGCUAUUUUUUCAGACGAAUUAUUGGAUUUAUUUACCUAAGUGAAACUGGCAGAACUGUCAGAGUGGCCCACUUGACAUUUUGGGGAAGACGGAAUGAUAUUUACUGUCCCCUAGAGACAGUGAUGACUUCGAAUGAAGCUGGAGAUGUCAAAGGGGAGGUACUUCUCCAGUUCAAACGAUAUAACAGUAAAGAUACCUUGUAUUUUACAACUAAAUAUGGCCAGGUUGUAGACAGACAGAAGUUUAGGGAAAUAUUUGGAGAACUUCAGUGAUACAAUAACAAAUUUCCAAUAAUUCUGCUUGUUGCAUUGUUCCUUGUGCUUAUUCUUCUAUGAAGUCUUUUAUAAACUGACAUACUUAGGUCAUUUUCCUGUGUGACAUCUGCUGGUGAGCGUGCUCCGCAUGGAAAAUAGAAAUGGUAGUGAACGAGCCAAUGGAUUAAAUGUCUUUGUAGCUAGUU